CGCCCUUGGACUUUGUCUCUGGCGGCGCGGGGGUAAACCCGGAACCUCGCGAGGCUGAGAACCAGUGACGCGAGGCCCGUGGCGGAGCAGGCCGGCCACUCGGUCGCAGCGAGGGCAGCGCAUCCCGGGUGUCAGCCAGAACAUGGCGCCCAACCUGAACUCAGUCAAGACGUUUUUCGUUUUCUUGGGAAAAUCAGUGUUUGCCCUUCUGGAGGUUCUGGUUUUUGCCAUAAUCCCAAGGCCACAGAAGAAUGUUGCUGGUGAAAUCGUACUUAUAACAGGCUCUGGGAGUGGACUUGGAAGGCUCUUAGCCCUCAAAUUUGCCCGCCUGGGAUCGGUGCUUGUUCUCUGGGAUGUCAGCCAGGAGGGGAAUGAGGAGACCUGCAAGAUGGCUCAGGAAGCUGGAGCCACAGGGGUUUAUGCGUAUACCUGUGAUUGCAGCCGGAAGGAGGAAGUGUAUAGAGUGGCCGAUCAGGUUAAGAAAGAAGUUGGCGACGUUUCAAUCCUCAUCAACAAUGCCGGAAUCGUAACAGGCAAAAAGUUCCUCGACUGCCCGGAUGAGCUCAUGGAAAAGUCUUUCGAUGUGAAUUUCAAAGCACAUUUAUGGACUUAUAAAGCCUUUCUACCUGCGAUGAUCGCUAACGACCAUGGACAUUUGGUUUGCAUUUCGAGUUCAGCUGGAUUAAUUGGAGUAAAUGGACUGGCCGAUUAUUGUGCAAGUAAAUUUGCAGCCUUUGGAUUUGCUGAAUCGGUAUUUAUGGAAACAUUUGCCAAGAAACAAAACGGGAUCAAAACCACUAUUGUGUGCCCAUUUUUUAUAAACACUGGAAUGUUUGACGGCUGUACUACUGGCUGUCCUUCUCUGUUACCGAUUCUGGAACCAGAAUAUGCAGUCAGGAAGAUAGUAGAUGCUAUCCUGCAAGAAAAAUCGUACUUAUAUAUGCCAAGGUUUAUAUACUUCAUAGUGUUUUUAAAAAGUUUCUUGCCCCUCAAGCUUGGAAUGCUUUUGGCUGAGUAUAUGGGUGUCUUUAAUGCAAUGGAUGGCUUCUGUGGCCAUAAGAAGAAAGACUAAAGACCAACUCUGGCUGAUGUCACCUGAUACCCAAAGCUACGCAAUGUCUGUUUCAAUGAAGAAGUGUUUGUCCGACCGAAUGUAUCUGGAAACCACAAGUUCUUCGUCUGCUGUCCGGACUAGUAUUUUCAACCAAUGCCUUUGAAAAUAAUGUUGCGUACUGCUUUUCUGUUGAGUUUUUUAAAUUAAAAACAAACA